AGGGAUCACAAGACUUCAGCUGAAAGAGAAUGUGUUGUUCCAUACUUCAUGUACGUGUGAACUACACUCUUUGGGCGUUUUGAUUCGCAUGCGGGUGCAAUAAUAACGAAAUCGCGUGCAAUUGUUUUGAAAAACGCCACGCCAUUUUGUCAAAGAAGCCCUCCAUUUCCAUUUCUCAGUGGUUACGUUUGCACAAGGAUCUACCUCUUGACUUGAAUAUUACUGGAGUGAGGUCAGCAUUGCAUGACUCAAUCGUGGAUAAGCAUGCAGUCAUUUCUCUACUAUUGCAUUGGACACUGCAGUUGUUCUUAAGGCGACCUGGAAACAAACGUAGAAGACAACAAGCGCGACUGCAGUGUGACACGGAAUUAGUGACUGGAUAAUCCCUUUUCUGCAACAAAGAACUUCUGGUUGUCUUCAAUGAAUGAGCAACAAGUUAACCUAAAGACUUCUCAACCCAGCUUGACAUCCCAGAAGCGGCAGAGUUGGUGGUGAAGAAAAAAGCAAAUGGACAUGUUUGAGCUAUAUCGUACUGAAACUACUAUUUCUGAACAGGAGAUGCUGCAGUUUUUUCUUUUAAAGCUUGCCUGCACUCCUACCAUGCUGAGUAGGUUUGGAUGACCAUUAACUGUCAUUAAACCAAUCAAGGGUUCUUUGUCAAGGGCGAUACUCUAAGACGCUUCAUUAAAACUUUUUGUGGUUUGGGAAUUUGAACUCUUGUCUCCUUAACCUCCUGCUCCACCACUCCCCAGAAUUCAUGAAAGUCAUGAGUUUGCCACCUCAACAGAAACCAAACACAAAAAGAACGGGCAAGCGCAUCACUUUCUUUAGCGAUCAGGGUGUGGCGAUGAAAGAGGCCUCUCAGCAUACAGAGCCCUACUAUGGCAUUGGGGUCCCUCCCUCAGGGCCAGGCCAUAAUGAGAGUGGAGGUGUGGAAAACUUGAAUGCAGAAGCACCACAUGCUUACCUCAAUUCUGUCAUUUUCAGCCCAGAGAAGAGUGAUCAAAGCCGUGGGCACUACCAACAGAUGAUGCCCAUGAAGUGGUCUCACCAAGACCCACCUUUGCAGCCCCAACAGCGACCCAACAAUUGGUCACAGGGCAUGGCUGCUUGGUCCCAGAACUUUGCCCCUUACUUGGGGGCACAGGCUACUUUUGCAAAGCAGAUGCAUGAGGGCAUGUCAGUACAGCAACAGCAGCAGCAACCCGAGCCUUUGACUGUUAGGGCAACUGAAAAACAAGCGGCUAACAUAAGUGGAGAGAACUUCAGGGAUACGACCAAACCUGGCCGGGGCAUGGACUGGGAACAGCAGCAGGCCUUUCAGCAAACACAAAAGCCUGGAAUGUUAAAUCAGCAGCAGCAUGGACAGUCCAACCCUGGGAAUUCAGUGCUGCAACCCUUUCAGUUAGCUUUCGGACAGCCCAAGCAGAACUUGGUUGCGGGAUACUAUCAGGUAGUUCAGGGCAAUCGGACCUUGCCAAAUUUGAAUUACAGUACACAGACGAAUUCCCAACUACAGCAGCAGCUUCAGCAGCAGGAGCAACAGCACAAGUUGCAGCUGCAAAUAAUGUACCAUCAGCGGCAACAGCAGAUGCGACAACAGGGGCAACAGCAGCAGCAGCAGGUACUUCAGCAUCAAAAACAGCCACAACAGAUAUCACAAUCACAGUUGCAGCAACAAGCACAGCAGUUAAAACAUACUCCGCAACAGCAACCGCCACAACAACAUAUGCCACAGAUUCAAGCGCAACAAGACUUGGUACAGCAGCAACAAAAAUCUGAGCAGCCCCUUCAGAACCAACAUGUAUUGGAAAAUUACUCUGAUGGCCAGCAGCCAUGUGCUUCGUCACUUGAUCAGCAGCAGCCUUCAUUACCAGGACAGUCCCAAGAGACAACUGAUCCCUCGUCAAAUCAGACUCAAGACUCCGUUCCUCAGCCUCCCUCCACUGCUCCCCAGCAAUCCAUCGAGACCCAACAGCCUGGGCCCCGGAGAUCACGUCGGCUUUCAAAAGAGGGUGGAGGCCCUGCCUCGGAUAACCCAUUUGUCAUACCGACUGAUCUCCACACCCAAGGCUCUCAGAAUGGUGCUUCUGAGAACAGUGCGGUGCAAGACAUCCGGGCCGCUCCAACAGGUGUAAUCCAGAGCACACGACGUAAGAGGAGGGUGUCGCAAGAGGUCAACCUGGAAACCUUGGCUCAGAAGGCUUCCGAAAGGGAAUCUCUUCCCUCACGUAGUACCAAGCAAGAGCCACACAGGCCCUGGAGCCCCCCUGUUGCCCCAACAGGUCCAGGUCGAGGGGCCGCUGAGGUGGAUCAGGUGAGUGCCAAGCGGCCCAGAGAUGACGGCCUCAUGCCAUUGGUCAUUCCAGUCUCUGUGCCAGUGAAGCAGACUGAAUCCUUGUCCCCGGAUCAUGAGAAAGCCUCCCUCUCAGCUAGUUGGCCUUCACGGCCGUUGAGCACCCAUGACAUGAGCUGCUCUGAUUACAAGACUUCUGUGAUUGUCACUCGACGACGUUCUUUGAGGAACUCUCUGUCUGAGAGCACAGGCCAGAACGGUGGCGCAGAGAGUGGAAGUGAAGCUGACGGCAAAUCGGCCAAAGCCAAACGACGUCCUCGUCCAGAACCGCUCUUUAUACCCCCACCCAAACUCGGAACUUUCAUUGCCCCGCCAGUCUACUCCACUAUCACACCUUACCAGAGCCACUUACGUUCACCUGUCCGAUUGAUUGACAACCCCCUCAACAUGCCACCUUACACUCCCCCGCCCAUCCUCAGCCCAGUUCGUGAGGGUUCGGGUCUUUACUUUUCAACCUUCCUGUCGGCCACCGCUGCAGCCGCCGCAGUGAAUAAUCAGGGGCUACCCCCACCUGCCACUCCAAAAUCUGCCACCCGUAGCCUCCUGCGCUCCAACAGCAGUGAUAUAACACCUCCAGUUCUCUCUGCUAUGAGUGAGGCUACACCUGUCAGUAUUGAGCCUCGGAUAAACAUUGGAUUGCGGUAUCAGGCGGAGGUCCCGGAGCUGAGAGAGCGCUCGGCAGCGCAGCACGACCUACACAAGGCUGAACUGGUGUGGGCGCCACUGCCUGACCUGGAGGCCAACACUGAGCAAAAGCAAAGAGUAGAUGACCUCAUGCACCUGGCGUGCUCGAGUGCGUUGCAUGGAGGAGGGACCAAUCAGGAACUGGCCCUGCAUUGCCUGUAUGAAUGCAAGGGUGACGUCAUGGGUGCCCUCACACUUCUGUUGUUAAAAAACCCCAUCUUUCCCAAAGCGCACCCUUUGGCUGGCUACCACUACUCUGGCUCUGACAGCUGGACGCCAGGGGAACGACGUUUCUUCAACAAAGGCAUUACUGCCUACAAGAAGGACUUUUUCAUGGUCCAGAAACUGGUGAGCUCCAAGACCGUGGCUCAGUGUGUGGAGUUCUACUACACGUAUAAGAAGCAGGUGAAGAUCGGCAGGAACGGAACACUCCUAUACGGAGAAGCAGAGCCACCAGAGACUAAACCCACGACAGAGGAGGAAGUGGACAACAAAAGUUCACAGAAAUUCGAAUCGCGGAAAGAAGACGAGGAGAGCAGGAAGUGGGAAGGGUCAUGUGAUAGGAAACAAGAAAACAGCCCGGGCCGGGUGACACAAUCGCUACAGGCCACGGAAAAUACCGCUGCCAUCUUGGUCUUAAGAAGUCAGGAGGAGAGCACUAGAGAUGCAUCCACAUUGGGGGUCAGUCAUCAUCAUCCUCCUCCUCCUCCACAGCCAACAUCUAAACCCCGCUCUGACACCACAGGCCGGAAAAGCACUGGCAAUACAGGAAAGGGACAAACGAACCAAGAGGGUGAAUUCCCCUGCAAGAAGUGUGGCAGGAUCUUCUUUAAAGUGAAGAGCCGCAGUGCCCACAUGAAGAGUCACGCCGAGGCGGAGAAAAAGGCAGCUGCACUCCGGCAGAGGGAGGCUGAGGAGCGGGCGGCAGCCGCCUUGUUGGCCGCCCAACAGAACGGAGCGAUGGGGGAUCAGAGCAGAACGAGGAGAGCCAGCAGCGACGACGACUCAGAGGAAGAGGAGGAUGCAGAUGACGAAGACUGGCACUAGCUAUCACUCUCUUUUGUAUGGCCGAGAAAAAACCUAUUUAUUUUUAUUUUACCAGCCAACAAGACCCAUCCCAAAAGAACAGUUUCAGGGACUGGCUCACUCCUGUAGAGUGUGUGUGUGUGUGUGUGUUAUGUGUACAUGAGACGGACAAAGAUGGAGACCGAUGCUGUAGAAGGAUUCAGGGGCUAAAUGUUCAGAUAUAGGGCUAUUGGGAGUGUAAGCCAUGCCAUCUCAGUGUGAAUGUGUGUGUGUCUAUAAUAUGCACUUUCGGACUCAUCCUACACACAAUGAUCUGACCGCAGCACAUCCAUCCAGUGUCUGUGCACAGAACUCACUCACUGUUCUCCUGUGAAAUGAACCAUUAUGGAUUCAGUGCUGCGGAAGUAGAAGGACACAGAAGCAAGUGUGCGUGCGUUUAGUCUUUUCCUCCUUUUUCGAAAUGAAAACGACGGUAUCUUUCUCUUCCACGUGACUGCCAAUUGCUUGCACAACUGUGCUUGUACGCCUGAUCUUGAUCUCCAGUGCUGUAAUUUUGGGCUUUCUGUUUUGAGUAUCUCAAAGGUGAAGUUCAUCCAGAAUGGAAAAUUCUGUCAUUUUCUCACCCUCGUGUCAUUCCAAAUUGCCUUCUUCAGAAGACAAAGUGAGACGUUUAGCAGAAUGUUCAAGCUGUUCUUUCACAAAUGUUGCCUGAGGGCUUUCAAUCUUUAAAAAGAACAAGUUAAAAAGUACCACAAAGAACUAUUAUGCUAUAUUCCAAGCCUAAUGAAUAGGUACAAAUAACAGAACAAAAUCUUGACACAUGACAUUAUUUAAAACAAAAACUAAAAAAAGUAUUUUCUUUAAGUGAUAUAAAGUAGAGCUGCCAAAUUGAUUAAUCACAAGUAUUUUAAAAGUUUGUUUACACUGUGUGUGUGUGUGUGUGUAUACACUAUGUAUAUUUAUAUGCUUAUAUAAAUACACGCACAUACAUGUAUAUAUUUUAGAUGCGAUUAAUUGUGAAUAAUCAAUUUGAAAGCUGUAAUUUAAAGCUAAAAUAAAAUUAGCUUUAGCUUUUUAUUAGAAUAAAAAACAUUAAAAUAGCAUGAAUUGAAAAAAAAGAUGAAGUACAAUUUUUUUUUACCAGAAAUUACAAAUUUAAGCUUUAUAUAUUUAAAUGUAUCAUUAUAUAACUAAUCAUUACAAAAACCAUGUAACAAAAGUAUUGCACUUUAAUUGAAGAAGUAAUUCAGAAUAUUCAUAAAUACAAUACUUGCACAGUAUUAUAAUAUUUACAAUAGUGUACAAGUUAUGCUACAAUAACACUGCAGAGUACCGACUUUAAACAUGGAUAUACACAAAUGCUAGGUAGUUUUAGUGUAUAAUGAAUUAUAAAAAUAUAUAUAAUAAUUGUAUGACAUAAAAAGACUGUAUACAGUGCAUGAGUUGUAUGGACAUUUUCUGGUGCUUUUUUAACUUAUUAAAGCUUGACAGCUGCCCUAUUGCUACUAUAUACUUUAAUUUAGUGAAAAUGAUCCGCUUGAAUAUUCUACUUAACAUCUCCUUUUGGUGUUCAUUGUACAGAAAGUCCCACAGGUUUGGAAAGACACGAGUGUGAGUAAAUGAUGCCAGCGUUUUUCAUUUUGAAUGAACUCUUGCUUUCAUUAAAACGGUGACCUCGCUGAUGCCUUCAAUGUUUUUGACACUUUCUAUCUUUACAUGACAAUCGCUUUUACAAAGGUUCUUUUUUUAUACUCCACAUAUUAUAAUGGUUGUGCUUGAUAUAUCAUUUUUUGUUAUUAUCAUUACUGUUACUAUUAACUUUGUACUGUUUUAUUAUAGUUAUGUUGUUGUUGUUUUUUUGGGGCGAGGGAAGGGGUGCAGUUCUUUUUCUCGUUUGACUUUUAGUUUUAGACAUUUGCUACCUUGUGUUUAAGUGAAGAUUGCAUAUAUUUGCUGAAAAUCAUAAAAUCACACUGUAAGUGCAAUAGCAAUAGUGGGACUUUGGAGUUCCCUUCCACUCCACUUCUCUUUUUUUUUUUUGCAUCUUUGAACAAAAGUAUUAGAUGAUCAACUUAGAUUUUAGUGGAAGAACAAAUGUGAGUUUAAGGGCGGUUGCGAGCAGCUUGGGUUUCUUUCUCUCUACUGGCCAAACACUUAAGCACUUGGCUUUGUCUCUGUGGCAACAAAGCAUCUUCUUUUAAAGGAUAGGCACACGGGGGAUUCACAGCCAACAGUAACGGCUCCAAUUAUUGCUAAUAACACAGAAGUCUUCUAUGCAGCGCGUGUGUGUGUGUGAAUGCAUGUGUGUUUGUGUUUAUUUGCAUGGGUGUGCAUGUGUGGUUGUGUCUAGUUGAUGCACCAAUAUUCAGAACUGUUUCAAACUCAAAGCCAAGUGAGAAAAAGAAGCUUCCUAGACUAUUUAAUGUUGUUGUUUUUUUUCCAAAUAUAUAUAUAUAUAUUAUAUAUACUUGUUCAUAUAUGUGAAAAGACUGAUUUGCUCCAUUAUGAAGAUAUGGGCAUUUGUCAAUGAUUUAAUCAAGCUUUUUGUUAUUCUCGUCAUUGUUGUUAUUGUUGUUGAGAUGAAUAUUGAAAUUUAUUUGGGGAAUGUCAUAAGGGUGCACCUCCCGUUUCUGUCUUUCAUUCAGCCAAGGGAAAUUCUUCUGUAGAGGAAUAUAAAAUAUGAAAAAGGCUUCUAAAACUGUAUGCACACUUUCUAUGCUAUUUUCAUAGGGGCUUGUACACUAAUGAUGGCUGUGGAAAGAACUCUGAAGUGCUUUUUACUACAGUAUAACUUAUUGUAUUUCAGUCGUGUUUUUAUCAUGUGUUUUAGAAUAAUAAAUAAGAAAAAAAAACACAAGAAACAUGAGCAUAUUUGUAACAGUAUUUGGGGAGGAUUAGUGUUUUAAUUGGUCGAAUGAUGGCUAGAGCAACAAUAAAAAAUAAUAAUAAAAUAUAAUAUUUUUAUUCAGA